AUGAAUCGCAUGAUUUUGAUUAUUACUAUUGCACUAGUGAUGCAACUGUUGAUUUGUAAUGUGUCUGCCACAUCGGUGACAAUUAGUAAUAUAUUACCUCGUCUUGAUAUUGAAGGCAAACCUAUGGAUAUUCAUGAUGGGAAUAUAAUUCAGUAUGAGAAAGGUGGGCUCUAUUAUUACUAUGGGGCUGGGUACGGUGAAUGUCAUCCGCCACUCGACUUCGGUUGUGCUGGAUUUUAUCUUCUGGGUGACUGUGGUUUUCGUGAAAAUCAUACAAUUUACUUGUAUACAUCACCUGAUCUACACCAAUGGACAUUUGUACGUGAUAUUUUUCCAUGGAAUGGAGGUCGUCCUCUAGGAAUCUACUAUCGACCAAAAGUAAUAUACAAUCGAUAUACUCAGUUAUAUGUUCUCUGGAUUAAUCGUGUUGAACGCACGGGUCCCUUUGGAUCACCUAAUUUUCUCAAUGCUAGUUAUAUUGUAGCUACAUCAAAAACUCCCGAUGGUGUUUUCACUGUAGUUCAAGAAAAAGUACAAUCAAUUGAAUAUGGUAAUCCAGGCGAUUUUACACUAUUUAUUGAUAAUGAUGAUGAAGAAAGACCCACUGCUUAUCUUGCUUAUAAUUCGUUUAAUAAUUUGCAUCGCAUUCAAAUCGAACAACUUACAGUUAAUUACACUGCUACGUUAGGAAAAAACUCCACUACCGGUCCUUUAACACCGACUAACAACGAAGCACCCAUCAUGUUUAAACGUAAUGAUUACUACUACUUAUUAUUCGGUCAGUGCUGUUGUUUUUGUACCGAAGGUAGCAACUCUCGUGUCUUUGUUAGUACACAUCCUAUGGGCCCUUGGGUAGAUACUCAAUACGAUAUUGAUCCAGUCACUAAUGAGAUCGUCCAUGGUAUUUUACGUCGGCGAUCAAUUUCGGGCGGACAAGAAAGUUUUGUGGUACAGGCAUUACAAACGAAUGGUACUGAAGCCUUUAUUUUUGUCAGUGAUCGUUGGGGUACUGGAAAGCAGAAAGCGAAUGAUAUGCAGUACUGGCAACCACUUCAGUUCGACGAUACUCAAAGUCCACCACGUAUUCAAAAGCUAAAUUGGACUGAUCAAUUUACUAUUGAUCUGCAGUCUUAA